CUCCACGUCUUUUCCCGGGAGUCUCACAAACAUGUGGGGGAGUCUACAUAUAUAUCGUCGUCUAGGCACUAUCUUGGCCUUGUUGGAGUACAAGUAGGUGUCACCAGGAAAUCAUCCCGUCCAAAUACAAAUCCGAGAUAUCGUCACGCCACUAUGGGUGAACCAGCACCAGAAAGAUGGCUCGGAGAGCAACAUGACUGCCAGUAUGAUUCGGAUCCUCGCCAGAACAAAGACUUGGGCGCCUUGUUGAAGGGCCGUAAUGUGCUCAUCGCCGGAGCAGGUCGAGGCAUCGGGCGAGCGACCGCUGAAUUCUUCGCUCAUACCCAGGCCAAGUCGCUUAGUCUGAUGGCGUUGGAAGCUGCCGAGGUUGAGGAAACAGCGGAGCUAUGCAAGAAGAUCAAUCCGAAUUUGAUAACUAAAACGGCAGCGUUCGAUGUCAGGGAUUAUGCCAAAGUCGAACAAUUUGUUCAGGGUGUCGACAAAGAAUUUGGCAAGAUCGAUGUUCUCUACAUGAACGCUGGUCGACCACCUCAGUGGUUGGCGACUCACGAAUCAGACCCCGAGAUUUGGUGGGAUACCGUCGCUGUGUCCCUACAGGGAGCCUUCAACUUUAGCCGAGCGGCAAUCCCACUCAUGCGUCGAGAGGGUGGCGGAAGGAUCGUCUUCACCGCUUCAGCAGGAGCUCAUGUCAACAAAGGCAUGACCAGCUACAUGCUGGGCAAGCUUGGUAUGGUUCGAUUGGCUGAAUCCUUACAUUUUGAAAACAAGGAUGCUGGGAUUAAAACUUUCGCAAUCCACCCGGGCGCAAUUCGGACACGAUUUUUUAGCGAUUUCAAGGAUGCAGCGGAAGGCAACAUCAAACCAGGAAGUUAUGUUACGACAACAGCCCCAGGCGAGAAGAAGUCAGCAGAAACUGCUGUCCAUUUUUUCAAAGAGGUUGUUUGGGAUACUCCACAAAUGGCAGCUGGAAUGGUAACAGUCCUAGCCAGUGGACAGAUGGACUUCAUGUCGGGAAGAUAUGUCGAUUGCUCCAUGAAGAUUGGGGACUAUAUCGCCGACGAGAAGAAAAUAAAAUCGAAAGAUCUUCAUCGCGUGAAGCUGGUGGUGGAUGACGGCUGGUACAUACCUUCGGCUGAUCCAGAGUAG